AUGUCCCGGGAUGUGGGCUGGGAAGAGAUGUGCACAGCUAGCCCCUGUGAGCUGGUGUCAGCCAGCCAGCCCCGUGACACCGCUGAAGCCACAGCCCUUCAGAUUAGCACCCAGCCUAGGACCAAGUGGGCCAGUCUGGACCAGAUUCUGUACAAAGUGGUCUCAGGGCCACGUUCCAAGAGAAUGAAAACAAAGCUGCGAGGCGUCCUGAGCGAGCACCAUGGCGCCCUUCUCCCCACGUCCUGUGAGACGGAGCAGGUCCAAGGCCGGCCCAGAGUCACAGGGAGCUUCCUGGUGCCCUACAUCAUCAUGCUCUUCGUGGAGGGAAUGCCGCUCCUGCACCUGGAACUGGCGGUCGGACAGCGCAUGCGCCAGGGCAGCAUCGGCGCCUGGAGGACCAUCAGCCCCUACCUGGGCGGUGUCGGCAUCGCCAGCGUGGUGGUCUCCUUCUUCCUGUCCAUGUACUACAAUGUCAUCAACGCCUGGGCCUUCUGGUACCUCUUCCAUUCUUUCCAGGACCCCCUGCCGUGGUCUGUCUGCCCGCUGAAUGGCAACCACACCGGCUUCGAGGAGGAGUGUGAGAAGGCUUCCUCCACGCAGUACUUCUGGUACAGGAAAACCCUCAACAUCUCACCAUCCAUCCAGGACAACGGGAGCGUGCAGUGGGAGCCGGCGCUGUGCCUCAUCCUGGCCUGGCUCGUGGUGUACCUGUGCACCCUGCGGGGCACCGAGUCAACGGGCAAGGUGGUGUAUUUCACUGCGUUGCUGCCCUACUGUGUGCUCAUCAUCUACCUGGUCAGGGGCCUCACGCUCCACGGAGCCACCAAUGGCCUGGUGUACAUGUUCACUCCUAAGAUGGAGCAGCUGGCCAACCCCAAGGCCUGGAUCAACGCGGCCACUCAGAUCUUCUUCUCGCUCGGCCUGGGCUUCGGCAGCCUGAUCGCCUUUGCCAGCUACAGUGAGCCCUCCAACAACUGCCAGAAGCACGCCAUCAUCGUGUCCCUCAUCAACAGCUCCACCUCCAUAUUCGCCAGCAUCGUGACCUUCUCCAUCUACGGCUUCAAGGCCACCUUCAACUACGAAAGCUGCGUAAACAAGGUGAUCCUGCUGCUGACCAAUUCUUUUGACCUCGAAGAUGGCUUUUUGACAGCCAGCAACCUGGAGCAAAUGAAGGGCUACCUAGCAUCCACCUACCCCAGCCGAUACAGCGAGGUGUUCCCACAGAUUAAAAACUGCAGCUUGGAGUCGGAGCUGGACACGGCCGUCCAAGGCACUGGCCUGGCUUUCAUCGUCUACACGGAGGCCAUUAAGAACAUGGAGGUGUCCCAGCUGUGGUCAGCACUGUACUUCUUCAUGCUGCUGAUGCUCGGCAUCGGGAGCAUGCUGGGCAACACGGCCGCCAUCCUCACCCCUCUGACUGACAGCAAGGUCGUCUCCAGCCACCUGCCCAAGGAGGCCAUCUCAGGUCUGGUGUGCCUCAUCAACUGUGCCAUCGGCAUGGUGUUCACCAUGGAGGCCGGCAACUACUGGUUCGACAUAUUCAACGACUAUGCGGCCACCCUGCCGCUGCUGCUCAUCGUCCUGGUGGAGACGGUGGCCGUGUGCUUCCUGUACGGCCUGAGGAGAUUUGAAAGUGACCUUCAGGCCAUGACUGGCCGCACUCUGAACUGGUACUGGAAGGUCAUGUGGGCCGGCAUCAGCCCCCUGCUCAUCGUCAGCCUCUUGGUCUUCUACCUGAGCGACUACAUCCUCACGGGGACCCUGCGGUACCAAGCGUGGGACGCCUCCCAGGGCCAGCUUGUGACCAAGGAUUACCCGCCGUACGCCCUGGCCGUCAUCGGGCUGCUCGUGGCCUCCUCCACCAUGUGCAUCCCCCUGGUGGCCCUGCGGACUUUUGUCAUGCGCUGCCUCAGGAGGGGAGGGGACACAGCCCACGUGGCCUGAGAACUGGGUUCCCAGAGGCCGCUGUCAGCUGCUCACUGUUUCACAGCUACUAUUUACAGGUGGAACCUCCGGCUGCUUGUUCAAGUAUUUACUCCAGGUGUGCUCAGCCCGCCAUCUUCCUGAGUCUAUAAAGAAGGAUUAGGAAGGUGUGGAGGAAGGAGA